CUUUGUGUCACCUCCAAGGCACAAGAGACAAUUUGCUAUUAAUGGUGGACGGCAUCGUUUUUAAAUAUCUGUAUAUUUGACCGCUGAAAAUAUGUUUUAUGUUGCGGAAUAUCUGUUUCAGUUUUACUUGUCAUUUUAUCUUGACUAGUUGCUAGUUACACCGAAGGGUUUAGCACAUCGCAGCCUGAACGGAAACUGAAACUGAGCGAGCUUUGAAGAAAUACAUAAACAAUUUUUUUUGCGUACACUUAAUACAUAUUUCGACCUCCUGAAGAAAAUGCCUGUCCGCUCUGUUCACGUUGAAUCUGCCGAUGAGAAAGAUAUUGUUGAACAGGCAAGUGAAGAAGAGGAGUUCUUACCUGCAAGAAACAAUGACGAGAAACCACCAGAAGAAUUAACUGUACCUUCAGAUUCAGCUAGUACUGCCAGUGAAAGUGAUAGAAUGCAUGUCACCAGUUUUCAUGAAUCAAAUAGCUGUCUAACAGACAUUAAGCGAAGUGUUUCUUGUAUAUCGAGCGUAUCAUCCAAUGGAGCGUUUUGUAGAAUUUGUCAUUGUGAACGAACAGAAAGUAAUGAUAGUACAUUGAUCAGACCUUGUCUGUGUUCUGGUACACUGAUGUUUGUGCACCAGAGUUCUCAAAAGUGGAUUAAAAGUUCUGAUAUCAAAAAGUGUGAAUUAUGUCAGUAUCGGUUUGUCAUGGAGGCUAAAGUUAAACCAUUCCGAAAGUGGCAGUCAUUGAAAAUGACUCACAGCGAACGAAGAAAGAUUCUUUGCUCUGUGUCAUUUCAUGUUAUUGCUAUCACGUGCGUUGUUUGGUCUCUGUGGGUUUUAAUUGAUCGCACUGCUCAAGAAAUUCGAAAAGGACAUCUUGGUUGGCCAUUUUGGACUAAGUUGGUUGUAGUUGCCAUAGGCUUUACUGGUGGACUUGUUUUUAUGUACGUUCAAUGUAAAGUUUACGUACAGUUAUGGAAACGACUACGAGCUUUCAACCGUAUUAUACUUGUGAAGAAUGUCACCGAAGAAGAAGACGUAAAGGAGUAUGUAUAAUAACGAUUGCACAUAAAAUCAAGAACUGCACAAUGGUUGUAUAACAUUAUCAUAAAUAAAAUGCAAAUAAAGUUAACACCAAUACAGUUAACGUGAUAAGUUAAGUUUAAACGUUAAGUCAUAAAGUGCUUUGCUGUUUUAGUUUAUAUAAUAACGUAGUUUUCUUGAAUCGAUCAUUUGUUUGGCCACGAAAUAUAAAACAUGCAUGGUUACCUACAUAUCAAGUAUAAAAACUUUGCAACUAUGUUCAGUUUGGCUUUUGUGUUAUGGAAAAUUUAUAGAAGAAAAGGUCUUUUGAUAAACAUUGUGGUGUCUAUAACUAGCAGCUCAUAAUCUUAAUUACUUGUUUAAAAGCAACACAUAAUUCUUUGGUGGAUUUUUUUGCAUUAAACUGUUAUUAUUAUUUACUUUGUAAAGUUGUGAUGAACCAUUGAAAUAUAUAACUUUUGAGUAAAAUAAGUUCAACUAGAUUUGAUUUUCAUCAAAUUAUGAGAGUUUUUUGUGUUGUACUAUCCUUGUAUUAAAUUUCCUGCCCUCUACAAUCUGUUUUUAAAUUGUAUAAAAGAGCAUUGAUAAGA